AAGUAACACAUGAUAAGCGAGUGAAAAUGCAAGUCAAAGUAUACUGCCGCUUUAUCUUGUUCCUCUGUAUGCUUGUACUUUGUUCUCCACAUUCACUUGCUCAUCCAGAAGAAAUCAAAAGAUCAGAUUUUCCAUCUGGGUUUAUCUUUGGAGCUGCUACUUCUGCUUAUCAAAUUGAAGGAGCAUAUCUUGAAGAUGGUAAAAGCCUCACUAACUGGGACUUUUUUUGUCAAAUAAAUGGUAGUAUUGAAAAUGGGGAUAAUGGUUUUGUUUGUGAUGAUCAUUAUCAUCGUUAUCUGGAAGAUAUCGAUAUAUUGCAUUCCCUUGGCGUGGAUGCAUACCGAUUCUCGAUUUCGUGGGCUCGAGUUUUGCCCAGAGGAAGAUUUGGCAAAGUUAAUCCGUCCGGAAUCAUGUUUUACAAUAAUAUCAUUGACAAUCUCUUAGCUAAAGGAAUUGAGCCGUUUGUGACACUCCAUCAUCAUGACCUUCCGCAGGAAUUUGAGGAUAGAUAUGGGGCUUGGCUCAAUCCUUUGAUGCAGGAAGACUUUGUCUACUUUGCAGAAAUCUGUUUUAAGAAUUUCGGAGACCGUGUGAAGCUCUGGUCUACAAUCAAUGAGCCAAAUUUGUUUGCGGAAAUGGCCUAUAUAAAGGGGGUAUAUCCUCCAGCUCGUUGCUCAGAACCAUUCGGGAAUUGUUCUUUUGGGAAUUCUGAUUUGGAGCCUUUAAUUGUGAUGCAUAACAUGCUAUUGGCUCAUGGCAAGGUUGCUAAGCUGUACAAGGAUCGUUUUAAGUCUGAACAAGGUGGAGUUGUUGGAAUUGUCAUAUCCAUGUUCAUGUAUGAACCUCUGACCGAUACUAAGCUAGAUAAAGAAGCAGCAAUUAGGGCCCUGGCUUUCAAUGUGGCUUGGGGUUUGGAUCCCUUAAUAUUUGGAGACUACCCUCCAGAGAUGCGUCAGUAUCAUGGGAGUGAACUGCCACAGUUUUCUUUGGAGGAAAUAAAGUACAUAAAUGGCAGUCUUGACUUUAUUGGAGUUAAUCACUAUUCAAGCUUAUAUGCCAAAGACUGCACCCAAUCUUACUGUCCUUUAGGUGGUGAUCAUGCAGUAAAAGGUUUCACAUACACUACAGGAGAACGAGAUGGUGUUCCAAUUGGCAACCGAACUGGGAUGGAGAGGUUUUUCGUUGUUCCAGAAGGCAUGGAGAAGAUCAUCAAUUAUUUAAAGAACAGAUACAAUAACAUGCCAAUGUAUGUUACUGAAAAUGGUUAUCCAUCACCACAGCAUCAGAAUUUGGAAGACACGCUGCAAGAUUCAGAUCGGAUUGAGUUUCACAAAGCAUAUCUUGCUUAUUUGGCGAAAGCAAUAAGGGAUGGUGCCGAUGUACGUGGAUAUUUUGUGUGGACGUUAAUGGAUGACUUUGAAUGGGACCAUGGUUACAACCAAAGGCUUGGACUAUACUAUGUCAAUCGCAGCACUCUAGAUCGGAUUCCAAAGCUUUCUAGGGAUUGGUAUAAGCAUUUUCUGAGCUAUGACAGCGUCGAUAAUGAAAGGAGUAACCGAGAAAAAUUCAUCUCAAACAAGAUUCAGAACUAUAUCAAUAUUCGCAGCUCAUAAGAUUAUGAAGAAGUUGCAUAAUGUAAAUAAAUUGUUUGAACAUUAUUGAGAUAAUAAAGAAGAGGAUGAGGUUCUUCAUUUUUUCAAAUGCCUGUUGAUAAUUGCCGAAUGGCAUGUAAUUAUGAAGUAUAUUAUUGAAUUAAUUACUUCUAUAAAUUAUUAUGGGUGCUGUGUA